GUGUGCUGUUUGUUGUCUUUGUGUGGGACUGGAGCUUCAGCGCACUCUCGGUUCUCCCUGCUCCCCGAGUCCUCUCUAAAUCCCCCCCUUCAUCCAUUACCCUCCUCCCGCUCCUUCCCCUCUACCCUCCGCUCCCUCCGCUCCCCUUUACCCUCUACCCUCCCCCGGCCCGCCGACAGGUCCAGCUUUGUGACCAAAGACUCCCUUUUCCUAUCACAUUCAACUCAUUAACUCUAUAUAAGCCAUCAUAAUGGACUCUGGUGUGAUUGAAGGAGGACUCAACGUCACGCUGACCAUCAGACUACUCAUGCACAGCAAGGAAGUUGGAAGCAUAAUCGGCAAGAAAGGUGAAUCUGUGAAGAAAAUGAGAGAAGAGAGUGGUGCACGGAUCAACAUCUCCGAGGGGAACUGUCCAGAGAGAAUCAUCACUCUAGCAGGACCGACCACUGCCAUCUUUAAAGCCUUCUCCAUGAUCAUCGACAAACUCGAGGAGGACAUCAGCAGCUCCAUAUCUAACAGCCCGGGCUCCAGCAAACCCCCCGUCACCCUGCGCAUCGUCGUGCCGGCCAGCCAGUGCGGAUCCCUCAUUGGGAAAGGGGGCUGCAAGAUUAAAGAAAUCAGAGAGUUAACCGGUGCACAAGUGCAGGUUGCUGGAGACAUGCUGCCCAACUCCACAGAGCGAGCCAUAACCAUCGCCGGAACCAUACAGUCCAUCAUUGAGUGCGUCAAGCAGAUCUGUGUAGUGAUGCUGGAGUCUCCUCCAAAAGGUGUGACCAUUCCAUACAGACCCAAACCGUCGGGCUCGCCUGUGAUCUUCGCUGGAGGACAGGCAUAUGCCGUUCAAGGACAGCAUGCAAUCCCCCAGCCGGAUCUCACCAAACUUCACCAGCUAGCAAUGCAGCAGAGUCCCUUCCAGCAGAUUCCCAGCAACCAGGGUUUUACUACCACAAUGGAUGCUGCUGCACAAACUUCCCAUGAGAUGACCAUUCCAAAUGAUUUAAUCGGAUGCAUCAUUGGCCGCCAAGGAGCGAAAAUCAACGAGAUCAGGCAGAUGUCCGGAGCUCAGAUUAAGAUCGCCAAUCCUGUGGAGGGAUCCUCUGACCGGCAGGUCACCAUAACUGGAUCGGCUGCCAGCAUCAGCCUAGCGGAGUACCUCAUCAACGCCAGCAUCCCGUCCUCUAAACCCUCCUCCUCCUCCUCUUCCUCCUUCUACCUGAACCCCGAACAGACCCUCAGCUCCAGCCUGUACCCUCCCAUCUCUACUGCUACUGCUCCUGCUACCUCCACCUCCUCCUCUGUAUCCCCCUCUUCCUCCUCCUCCUCGUCCUGUGUGGUGACUCCUCCUCCCGUCUCUGCCAUUUCUCUGUCCUCCCUUUUGGUAUCGAGUCCUGGUCCUUCCUCCACCUCCUCUCCUCCUGCGUCUCUCUCCUCCUCCACCUCCUCCUCAGCCUCUGUCUCCAGUGUGCUCAGCAUCAAGCCCCUGCCCCUCCUGUCUCUCCAUGUCGUUAACGGCCUUUCUCACGAGCCUAAACUCAGUCCUGAUCUCGGCUCCAAGCCCAAGAAGCGCAGGCUCUCGCCGUAUUAGGAGAACAUUGCUCCUGAUUUCUCCUGGACUGAUAUAUAUUUAUCUG